AUGGAGACUCGCCGUCGUCGACGCAGCGACCCGUUGGAGCAGAAGCGUGGAUCACCACCGCGUCGUGUGAGGGGAAGGCAUCGUCGUGAGGAGGUUCGUCGCGAACAACCUGCGCAACCGACUCCUCCUCCACCUCCACCGCCUCCUCCUCUUCCUUCUCCGACGCCUCCAUUACCUACUCCACCAUCCUCACCUUCGCAGCAAGGAUCUUCGGCACGCUCGCCGGAAGCCUCAGGAGGCGGAUCGUUGUUACCUCAAGCUCCGAUCACUCACAGAGAUUGGAGAUGUUUGGUCCGCAACGUUGACAACAUACGGCAGCGGAAUGAUUACUGGCAAGAGCAGUUGGACUAUUAUCGCCUUGAGCAACAGGACGAGGGAGAACGAGAGGCGGAGGUUGUAGCGGAGUUUGAGCCUUUCUCGGUGGCAGUAAGGGAGGUAGCAAUUCCUGACAACAUGAAGAAUCUCGUUCUGGAGAGCGGAAGAACGGACCCGAAGGAUCAUUUGCUCUACUUCAACACGAAGAUGGUGAUAAGUGCAGCUUCUGAUGCAGUUAAGUGCAGAAUGUUCCCGUCAACUUUCAAAGGUACGGCGAUGGCUUGGUUCACGACUUUGCCUCGCGGAUCUAUCACGAACUUCCACGAUUUCUCGUCAAAGUUCCUUGUUCAGUUCUCCGCAAGCAAGAUCAAGCAGGUUACGAUUGAUGAUCUGUACAAUGUUCGCCAGUUAGAAGGAGAAACUUUGAAGCACUAUGUGAGGCGGUACAGUGCGGCAUCUGUCAAGAUCGAAGAGUUGGAGCAGCAAGCCUGUGCACGCGCCUUCAAGAAUGGACUGCUGUCGGAGAGACUGAUCUAUUCCAUGCCGACAAUGCUUGUCCUGGCGAACGCGUAUAUCCUUGAUGAGGAGGACGAGACGCAUAAGAGCACACGUCUAUCGCUUGGGGGGCGAGAGGCGAAAUCCCCAGGAGGGAACAAAAGGCCGCCUUCGUGGCGAGGAAGGCGAAGCCAACAUGGGUCACACCUUUCUCCUCGGGGGGGGGGGGGAAGGUUGUUUGUGGGUAGCCCAGGCCAGACAAGAAAUUUUCAAGUAAUGAAGGCAACACAAAUGAUUGGCGGACCAAGGGCACCUAGACGACCGACGAAGGGCUGCGAUACGGCUACAUGGUGUGAGUACCACCAAUUGGCAGGCCAUGUUACUGAGGAAUGCCACGCCCUGAAGCGGGAGAUUGGAAAGAUGAUGGCAGCAAUGCAACCAGCGAAGGGGAUCGCAAGUACACGGGGCGACUGGAGUUCUACGCCUAGCGAAGUUGGCACGAUAGAUGGAGGCUUCGGAGGGGGUGGUGUCACGAGUGCGGCGAGGAAACGAAACGCCAGGGCGGUAAACGCGGUCACAGAGGUCCUAUUCGGUUUCCAUCAUCCUGACAUCACGAUUUCAUCUGCCGAAUUUUUUGGAAUCAAGCCUCAUCUUGAUGACCCGAUUUUGGUCUUGCUCAGCGUCAACCAACUCAAUGUUCAACGCGUGCUUCUAGAUCAGGGAAGCUCAGCGGAUAUCAUUUAUGGCGACACGUUUGAUCGGCUGGGUUUGGACGACCGAGUCUUAACUCCCUACGCAGGAUCUCUUGUGGGAUUCACGGGUACAGCCUAUUGA